AAUCGUCUUUCUAUUCAGCAGGUCCCUUCCCGAUUUUUUCGGUUUGACGAAGCGUUUUUGAAACAACAAAAUUAUGUUUCAUUCUAAAAAAAGCUACAUCCAACUAGUAUUCACAUGGAACGCACCCGAACUAUGGGGGAUGGAGUUUCUUUUCUGAUUGGUUUAUUACUUGAUCUAUCUAUAUUUCCAUUUGACAUUAUAUCCUGCGAUCAUCCCUGGGAUUCCGGAUGUGGUGUUUGUCUGUGAUGUCAACAUGGAUAAGGAUGACAAUCAAGAAAAAGGAGAGACAGAAGACAUAAGGAGUUGUGAUCCACCAUCUGUUGACCCCAACCUGUCGACUGAUUCAGCUUUUUCGACUCCUGUUGUGCUCUCUGACAGUCACACAAUUCCUUAUCCUACUAAGCCGAUGGGAAAAAAUAACAACACUAAUGUGACUUUAAAAGAGCCUACAAUUCCACCAUCCGAUACAAUAGGAAAGGAGGUACUACAACCUGCCCCUGUUAAGGACCCAGAGCGGGAGGCUGCCCAGGGCCCCGAGCGGGAGGCUGCCCAGGGCCCCGAGCGGGAGGCUGCCCAGGGCCCCGAGCGGGAGGCUGCCCAGGGCCCCGAGCGGGAGGCUGCCCAGGGCCCCGAGCGGGAGGCUGCCCAGGGCCCCGAGCGGGAGGCUGCCCAGGGCCCCGAGCCGGAGGCUGCCCUGGGCCCCGAGCCGGAGGCUGCCCAGAGGCAGGGGGAAGAGACUGAUAACUGCAGUAAGGCAGAAUGUCAGAACAAUUCUGGUGAUCAGCCGUCAACUGACCCAGAACAGGCUCCAACUGAGAAUGGGCAUGAGGACUCAGGGGAAUUUGUGGUCACUAUGUUGGCCAGAGGUAAACUGGAGGAGCAAGGUGUGGGUAUGAUGGGGAGUUGCCCCCCACUGUCUAUAACUGGUACCUCAGAAGGCGCCCCAACGCAUCGCGACGAAGAUGUUAUGGCGGAGAGCUGGAGGCAGCACAGGAAGCACGUGUUUGUCCUCAGUGAAGCGGGGAAGCCCAUCUACUCCCGCUACGGCAGUGAAGAGGCCCUCUCCAGCACCAUGGGGGUCAUGAUGGCGCUGGUGUCCUUUGUCCAGAGCAGCGACAACACCAUCCGCUCCGUAUACUCAGACGGGCACACGGUGGUGUUCAUGCAGAAGGGUCCCCUGGUGCUGGUGUCCGUGUCGAGCAGCCGGCAGUCAGAGCAGCAGCUGCGCGGCGAGCUGCUCUACGUCUACUACCAGAUCGUCAGCAUGCUCACCCAGGCCAGCAUCACGCGCAUUUUCGAAAACAAGAAGAACUAUGACCUGCGGCGCCUGCUGGCUGGCUCCGAGAAGAUCCUGGACGGCCUCCUCAACCUGGUGGACUCGGACCCCAGCUUCCUGCUGGCGGCGGUGCACUGCCUGCCCCUGGCCUCGUCACUCAGGGACUCCCUUAGCCAGAUACUCCAGAAGGCAAUUACGCCCAACCUGGUCUUCUCCAUCCUCAUCGCUAAGAACCAGCUGCUCACCAUCGUCCAGGAGAAGACGGUGAUCGAGGACGCUCGGCUGGAGCCGGCCGACGUUCACCUCCUGCUCAACCUCAUCGGGGCCUCGUCCGCGUUCCAGGCCGGUGAGAUCUGGACGCCCAUCUGCCUGCCCCUCUUCAACCCAGACUGUUACUUCUACGCUUACAUCUCCUACCUGGAUCCCCCAGAAUGCACCGUGUGCCUCCUGCUGCUCUCCACGGAUAAGGAGGCCUUUUACGCGGUGGCAGAGUGUAAGCGGAGGAUAGAGGAGGCCAUGCUCACCCAGAGCUCCCUGAGCCUCAUAGCCAAGGCUCACUGCUACAGCGUCAGCCAGGUGGGCGUCUCAGACCUCCGGCACUUCAUGUACAAACCCUUCGACAUUCCAGACCACCACAAGCAGCUCACACAAUUCACCAGCCCAGAGAUGGAGGCUCCAUACAGCACAGAGGAGGAGAGGAGGAGGCUGCUGGACCUGUAUCGCCACAUGCACGGCCGCAUUCACAGCUCCUCUCGGCCCCUCAAGCUCAUCUACCACGUGGCAGAGAGGGAGACCCUGCUGGCCUGGGUCACUAGUAAAUUUGAGUUAUACACCUGCUUCAGCCCCUUGGUGACUAAGGCCUGUGCCAUUAACGCCAUAACUAAGCUUCUACGGUGGAUCAAGAAAGAGGAGGACCGUCUCUUUAUACGAUACCCUCCUAAAUAUUCCACCACCCCCAACCCCAGCAAAAGCUCCCGGAAGUCUGACCAGCAAGACUCUACAGAUAACGGCUUUAUGUCUCUACUAUAAAGCUGCUAUAUUUUUCAGUGCUCAGUUCUGACUAUUCCACUCUGUUGUAGUUUGUACACUGGCUCUACAAGAAUAGCUUUGUUUUUGCACGGGCGCCACCUCCUACACAUUUUUGAGCUUUGACCACUGGAUUUGCCUUCUUGACACUUCAGACUCUACAAGAAGAAUUUGCCUUCUUGACACUUUUGGACUCUACUUCUGUAUGUUGAUAAGCAAGCAUGUACAACAACAAAAAUAGUACUUUUAGAAUAGUCAAAAAGGUUGGUCAGGGAAACUAAAAAAGACAAUAUUUUUAAUUGGUUAAUGACAAAACUAUUGAAUAACAUUUUCCUUGACAAUGAACUGUUUUUAUAUUGUUUUAUUAUAUUGUAACAAAGGUGAUUUCUCUUGUCAGAUGUAUCAUAUCAAAGACUUGUUACAUACAUCUAUUGCAGUUUAAGUAUUAAUGGACACUGUAGCACAUGACAAAAAUGAAUGACUACCUAGAACCACCAGAGUUUUUUCGACAGCCUUGCUAUCAUAAUUAUUGCUAGAAACCACAAAAUUAUACUUUUUUAAAGGUGAUUGCAGGUGGGAUAAAUAGGACAUUAAAAUGCAUGAAUGACUGAUUUUGAAAUAGCAUCCCAUAGACAUCUUCAUGAAAACCUGAUGCCACUCUUUUACAUGUAUGUUUGUUUUCAUAGUCUGUUAAAUGACCUCAGUACAUGGUUGGUUUUACUGAAUUUCUACAAUUGCUCAACAAUUGUUUGACUGGCAUGUUUAGAUUGUGAAGUGUUAACACUCAGAGUUGAUCAUUCAACAUUGUUACAUUGUCUUUGUUUGUCCUUGAUUAAAAAGCUCGGAGACAAAUUCUA